UCGCCCUUUCAGCCCGACACAGCGGCUGCAGUUCAUCCGACAUCCGUUGAUCAUUUAACAGGCCCCUCGACAUGAAGGUUUUCGUUUGCUUGCUGGCCGUGUGCAGCAUGGCCCAAGCCGGUUUCCUGGGCGGCGGCGGCGGUGGAAGUGCUCUAAGUUCCGGCUGGUCCUCCGGCGGAGGCGGUGGCUAUGGUGGAGGCUAUAGCGGUGGCCAUGGAGGAGGCUAUGGUGGAGGUGGCCAUGGAGGUGGCUGGUCCUCGGGAGGCGGCUACAACGGCGGCGGCGGCGGCGGUGGCUACGGAGGCGGCGGCACUGUAAAGAUCAUCAAGGUGAUCACUGAUUCUGGAGCUGGCGGUGGCUAUGGAGGCGGCUAUGGCGGUGGCCAUGGAGGCGGCUAUGGCGGUGGUGGCUACAGCGGUGGCCAUGGAGGUGGCUGGUCCUCGGGAGGCGGCUACAGCGGCGGCGGUGGCGGCUAUGGAGGCGGCUACAGCGGUGGCCAUGGAGCCGGCGGUGGCUAUGGAGGCGGUGGCAAUGUCAAAAUCAUCAAGGUUAUCUCCGAUGCCGGUUCCAGCGGUGGCUAUGGCGGUGGCUAUGGUGGUGGCCAUGGCGGCAGCUCUAGCUACUCCUCCGGCGGCUGGGCUCCUCAGGGUGGCUGGGCUCAGAGCAGCUGGUAAAAGGUCCUUUUGCUGUUUUGUUUAUGUUAACAACUAACCACAAAAAACUGUAAAUAAUUUCGGAAAAAAAAUUAACAAAUAAAGAGUUAACUAUAAAAUG